AUGUUCACCCUAGUCGAUGGGCGUGCUUUCAGAAUCGCAACCCCAGCCUACUUCUUCCAGCGCGAGUCUGGGCUAUACCAAGCAGAAGCGACUGGCUUUGUUUCUGCUGCAUUAGUCCUUCUGCGGCUCAUAGCUGAGAUUGGCUCGUCACUCAUCAUCUGGCGCCUUGUCUUCCUCCUUCUUGGCAAAACCGGAAUCACACUUGUGGAGCUUUGCCGCGUGGUAGACAUGAGGCUUCCGAUAUUUUCUGGCUUUGGAUCCCCCCAGCAUCUAUACUGUUCGCUAUUUGCAGUCAUCAUUGUCGUACUCGUGUGGCCAUCCUCUAUUGCAGCACCUCUCGCCAACUCGUCCUUGCAGUGGAUUCCUUCAUCCCAGCUCGUCCAUCUUCGAACACGAAACUAUGAACUUCCAGAUAUCAGGACCCAAGACGCGUGGGACAGCUUUCUUUACCCAGAGGAUAUUGUCGCGAUCGCAUUGAGAGCGGCUACUAUGGGUGCCAGGGAUUCGGACUACGCCUUUAGCGCCACCCAAGCUACUCAACGACGCUAUAUGUACUUGGAUCCUCAUCUUCCCUCGGAAAGUCUUGCUUUAACGCAAAUGCCAUAUUUUGAGGUUUCGAAUAUUGAGUGGAUGAACGUACAAUUCGACUCGGAAACCCCUGGAGAUUGGAAGCCAAGUUCCCUCGCUAAUGCUAGCAUGCAGGAACUUCCCGCUAACAGUAAAAAGAUGGGAAACUUAGGUUUCUGGAUGACGGAAAAGUGGAACUUUACGAGCGCCACAGAACUCUACAAGAAGCCAACUACCUUUUAUGAGAACAAAAGAAAUGUCUCGAUUCUUGUCGGUCGUAUAGGCCUAAACAAUGAGGAUGACGCAGACUUGGGAACCAAUACUACCCAGUGUUCAUCUAAACCGGGUAGAUUUGGACAUUUGCCCACAGGCGUGAGCCACUUCAAUUCCUCAUGGUUCGUCGACGGUGAAUGGACUGCGACGGAUUGCUUUCUAGUCGCAGAGGUCACAAUGAGGAUCGGAAUGACCGAGGAACAAAACUACAACAUCACACUGGUUGGUGCCUCCGAAAACCUCCACGUAGCAUCACCACUAAACGGAGCGAAUCAGUCACAGCCAGACCUGAUGCCUGAUUUAGCUAUACUCCCCACCUUGGAUAUGAUGACAGACGUUUUACAACAUCUGGUCUCACUGGGCGUUGGGUCGCAGCACCAAGACAAUGUGCAAAAUUAUCUUGCGGGAAUGUUGGCAGUCGCGUACCACGCGACGCGUAGCGCUCUGGUAGAACAAGCCACAGACUCCAAUACGACAAUUACCGCGAUACCAUCAGAACCGAUAGUGCGUGCGUUAGUCAAUCGGCGUCGUUUGUAUGUGUGGUUGGCUUUGAAUGCAACUUUGACACUUGCAGCUCUGCUCUUGUGGGUAGUGCAAUCCACCACGACCAAAACUUCGAAAACCGUUCGAGACCCAACGCUUGUGGCCCUUACCACGAACAUGGACGCCGUGUGUCAUAAGAAUGGGUAUGGGCUUUGUAAUGCGGUCGCUUUGAGCGGUGGCGAUAAGAAACUGGGUAGAAUGGUUUGGGAUUACGAACACGGCGGAUCUUGUCGAAAGUUGCGCUUUGCGAGCGGAGGUGAUUUGGAUGAGAAUACGCAGACAUCUAUACCUUUACUUUCUCUGCGACAGUACAACAAACUUCCGGAUCAUUAG